UUACAUAAAUUAAUUUGCCACACAUGAAUGUUACCUGUCAACGAGUGAAAUUGACGUGAAACAAACGUACACUUGUCCUAUAUAUAUCACGACGCGUAAUGACAUAACAGACAUUCGAACGAGACUUCUAGACCCGGGCAUUGUGUAGCACUUCACCUCUCAUUCAAGAUGAAGACCAUUGCCUUAUUGCUCAGCUGCUUUAUCGGAACGGCUGUAUGCACCUACUCCAUGGGCGGCAUGGGUGGAAUGAGCGGCAUGGGUGGAAUGAGCGGCUGGGGUGGAAUGAGCGGCAUGGGUGGAAUGAGCGGAAUGGGCGGCAUGGGCGGCAUGGGCGGCGGCAUGGGCGGCAUGCCCUCAGGCGGAUCCUACUACUAUAGAACGUACAGAAGCAGCGGCGGAUCCCCAUGGGGAAUGAGCGGAAUGGGCGGAAUGGGCGGAAUGGGCGGAAUGGGCGGAAUGAGCGGCAUGAGCGGCAUGAGCGGCAUGGGCGGCAUGAGCGGCAUGGGCGGCAUGGGAGGAAUGGGCAGCUGGGGUGGCAUGAGCGGCAUGGGCGGCAUGGGCGGCAUGGGCGGCAUGAGCGGUAUGAGCGGCAUGGGGCGGCAUGGGAGGAAUGGGCGGCUGGGGUGGCAUGGGCGGCAUGGGCGGAAUGGGCAGCGGAGGAAACUACUACAAUUCGUACAAGAAGUCGAUUGGGUAAAAUUCUAAAUGCUGCCAAUCUGAAAGAACUCCCGAGACCUCGCUAAUUUAAUUUAAUACAUGGUAGAUUAAUGAAAUUGAUUCUUGCAAUGGACAAUUAUUAAAAUGGCAUAGAAAAGA